AUGUAUCUACUGAAGUUUAUAGUGUUGUUAAUGGCAUAUUUGGAUGUUUUUAUUGGCGUUGAAGUGGAAGCAAUUCAUGAGUACAUGAACGAACCUGAAUUGGCUUUUUAUUUUCAAACAAGUGAUGCAUCGGCAGUACCAGAUUAUGAGCUGGUUUACAUGCCUCUAGUGGUUCCCGUUCGAGAAGCUAUUGGAGAGUUUGAACAACCAGAGGAGAUCGACUACAGCUUUUCCGCUUUCAAAAGAUCAAUUGACUUAAAAUUGAGAAAAAAUGAAAAUUUGAUGACACCUGCAUUUACCACAUACAUACAUCGAGGCGAAGAUGAACUAAUUUACCCUAGAAAACCAGAAAAUUGCCAUUAUAUUCACAAUAAUAAUGGAUUUGUAGCCGCCAUCAGUAUUUGUGAACCCAAAUCUUUGCAUGGCUUGAUCUUCCUGGACAAUACAACUUUGGAAAUUCGUCCGCUAAACGAUAGACUUCAGAACAUCUUAAGACAAAGGGAAGCACUUGUAGGGGAAAUGCUUGAAAGUUUAGAAGAAACAAUUCCACAUAUUGUUAAAAGAGCAUCAUUUCAAUCAGAGUUCUUAAAUGAUGUUUUCCCAAUUGCCGGCAAUGUAUUUUAUGAAAAUGAACAAAUCUACGACAUCAACAAAGAAAGCUUGUCCACAUUUAACAAAGGAAAACGCGAUUUUUUCCAUUUCCAAACCGAAGCAGCCAGAGGAAAACCUGUUGGAGGAUUACAACUUGAGCUGGCGUUGUUCUUUGAUGAGGCAGCUUACAAAAUAUUUGCCCCUUAUUUGAAUUAUGACGAUAAAAAACUACAAGACUUACUCCUGGCUUAUAUCAAUGGAGUACAAGCACUAUAUCGUCAUCCAAGUUUAGGAACUACUUUAGAGUUAGUGCUCGUUCGAAUGGAUAUAAUGAAAAAACAACCUCCAAAAAUGCCCCAUUAUCAAGGAGAGCGAUCUAAAUUGCUAGACUCAUUUUGUGCUUAUCAAGAAAAGUUAAAUCCAGCUGGUGAUGAUAAUCCAGGACAUUGGGAUAUGGGUCUUUAUGUAUCCGGUUUGGACUUUUAUCACAUUGAAAAAGGGAGGAAGAGCGGUGUGACUAUGGGUCUCGCCACCGUUGGAGGUGUAUGCUUGGACAAAUAUGCUUGUGUUAUAGCUGAACUUGGAACAACCAAUGUCUUUGGCAAGCCUUAUCCAAGUGCCGGAUUUACUAGUGUUUACAUUCUUGCUCAUGAAAUUGGUCAUAACCUCGGCAUGCACCAUGACAGCAGCGGCAAUCAUUGUCCAAAAGAUGGUUAUAUAAUGUCGCCUUCAAGAGGUACCAAUGGAGAAACAGUGUGGUCCACUUGUAGUGCUGACGUGAUGGCUAAACUCAGCUGGGCUAAUUGUUUAACCGAUUGGGGCACUGCUGGUAAAGGUCUGGACCAUUCGAAGUUCUCCGACGCGCCAGGACGUUUAUACACAGCUAAGAAACAAUGUGAAAUCUUAUUAAGAGACAAGGAUGCUAUAGUUUCUCCCAACCAACAACUCUCCACUAUAUGCUAUAAUUUGCAAUGUAAAACACCUCACAGAAGUGGAUAUUACUUUGCUGGUCCAGCCUUGGAUGGAACUCAGUGCGGAAAUAAAAAAUCAUGCUAUGGUGGCGAAUGUGUCAUUAGAGAACCCGUUAAUCCUGUUAAAAUAAUCCCAGGAGGUUGGAGUCCGUGGAAAGAUGGAACUUGUAACUCUGGCUGCAUUGAAAAAUCUAGGGGAUUUCAAAUGAAACGCAGAUAUUGCAAUAAUCCAACCCCAGUCAAUACCGACGAAGGCUGUGAAGGAUCCAGUGUAGAGUUUGGUCUGUGCAACGACGAUAAAAUGUGUCCAUCCAGAAGUACUAUUGUAGAGUAUGCCUCUGACAAAUGCAAGGAAUUUUCUAAAUUGCUCCCGGAGCUGGAUAAGAAGGGAGCUGGACUGCAAGCACCACAUGAAGAAGCUCGUGUUUGGAUGGGAUGUGCAAUAUUUUGCAGAAGGGCUGAUUCUGGGACUUUUUACACUCCCAGGAUUGAACUCAAUGAUUUGGGCGUAUCCCCAUAUUUCCCUGAUGGAACUUGGUGUCAUAAAGCUGGUAGCGUUAAUUAUUAUUGUCUUCACCAUCACUGCUUACCUGAGAAUUUCCAAUUCACCAAAUCCUCUUCAGUUAUGAAAGGAAUUGGUGAAGAUAUUCCAAUAUCCCAAAAUGCCCAUCCUCAUUCAAUGAUCUCUCCCGAAAUUAAAUCCUAUUUAUCACUUGGAGCUGAUGGAAAACCCCUUCAGAAGACCUUAAGUCCCACAGAUGUGAAACAACCAACUGACGACAUGUGGGAAACUAACGAUUACAUUGAAGUCCCUGAGUUACAAGACAGAUACAGGCUAAGAAGUAUGGAAGAAAAUUUGAUACGAUGAUGAAAUAUUUAAGGGCUAUGUUGUAAUGUUUUAAUAAAUUGAGCGAA